AUCCGCUGGAUCCGACUGGAACACUAGUGUCCUUCGGCUCGACGGUUCAUUGCUUGUCUACGGCCUGUUUCUGCUGCAGCUUGACGGUUUGCGUGGCCGUCGCACCCCAGUCCAGAAAAGAAAAAAAAAAAACAACGAAUACGAAUCGUGGCCCCGACCGCAUUUCUCUCGUUCCCUCCACUUCGUCUGACUGCCUGCUGCCUGUCUGCGUCUUUCCCUAGAAUGUCCUCAUCGUCCUGUUCUGCCUUCUGUCAGAUCUCCGCCUCUCGCUGUGUCCGCCUAUGUUAGAGCCUCAGUCGCGUUCGCAACCCCCCGAUGCUGAACCAGCCAUCUACCAUGGCGGUUGGCAGUGGGCUGUCGCGGCCGGUUGGGUGGGAUUGAUCUGGUAUACGGUCGUGGUGGCUGUCUGCAUGCUGGGAUACCUUCAGCUAUGGCGUUUCUACUUGAGGAAACCCCGGAAAUCUUCAUCCGCAUCGGCUUCGAACGCCCCCCACGUCACCGCGAUCCGACCGGUGAAGGGUCUUGAACCACACCUCUACGAGUGCCUGGCUUCGACUUUCCGACAGGACUACCCUCGCGAUAAGCUGACCGUGUGCUUCUGCGUGUCCUCCCACAGUGAUCCUGCCUACCCUAUCCUCCAGAAAUUGGUGUCGGACUUCUCGCAGUUCGAUGUGCGACUAUACGUUGAAGACGAUGACCCGUUACUCCAGCCCGGCCACGUCCCCGCCUACGAUCUGGGGCCCAACCCCAAGAUUCGGAACAUGAGUCGUGCCUACCGUGAAGCCAAAGGCGAUAUUGUCUGGAUUAUCGAUUGCAACGCGUGGGUCGGCAGAGGCGUCUGCGGGCGCAUGGUGGACAAGCUAUGCGGAACGGGUGCCGAUUCGACGAAGAGGUACAAGUUCGUGCACCACUUGCCGGUUGCAGUCGACAUGACAGGAACCGCUGGUCUCCGGGAAGAGCAGGAAGCGCUGUUGGAGGCUCACACAAACCGGAACGCCAAUCGCGACAGCAGUGACACCGCCAUGGUCAUAGACCACGGGGCUGGUAUGCUGGCGACCGGUGGCGGCCGCUUGGAAGAGCUGUUCCUGUCGUCCUCGCAUGCGAAAAUGUACACUGCGAUCAACACCGUCCUGAUCGCGCCAUGCAUUGUGGGCAAGUCGAACAUGUUCCGCCGCUCGCAUCUUGACUACCUCACUGCGCCGUCUCCGUCAGACCCCCAUCGCCGGAACGCGGGUAUCGACUACUUCUCGGACAACAUCUGUGAAGACCACCUGAUCGGAGAUCUGCUUUGGAGAAAACAAGUCCGCGGGGAGAAAGAGCAAGGAGAACGCUGGGGCAAACACGCCCUUGUGUUUGGUGAUCUGGCCUUCCAGCCAGUCGCCAACAUGAGCGUGCAGGCAUACGUCGCACGCCGAGUGCGAUGGCUGCGUGUGCGCAAGUUCACCGUCGUGCUUGCAACGCUGGUCGAGCCAGGCACCGAGUCGAUUCUGUGCUCUUGCUACGGAGCAUGGGGCGUCACGACAGCUCUGGCGCAAUACCUCGGAGACCAAGGCUAUGCCAUUGCAGAGGCACUGUCCACCUGGACCGCAUUCUGGGGCUUCUUCUGCCUGAGCAUGGUGACAUGGAUCCUUAUCGACUGGACCGUGUACAUCAUGCUGCACAGCGGGAAGACGGUGGAGCUGGACGAAGACACGCCGUCGUUCGCGCGGCCGCCCCGAGGCGUGACGCGCCGACCCUUCCGGGCGUGGUUCACGGCCUGGCUGGGCCGGGAGAUGCUGGCGUUUCCGAUCUGGCUAUGGGCAGUCUAUGGCGGCGUGACGGUGACCUGGCGGGAUCGACAGUUCCGCGUGGGGUUGGAUAUGAAGGUGCGGGAGAUUGGGGGGAAUUCUCUCGCAGUGAAGGGGUCAUCGUCUUCACGAUCCAGCUCCUCGUCAUCGUCUAAGGCCCGACGAGACUAAACCUCAAACCACUUAUUCUAUACAAUUCUUGUAAAUUAGAGUAGACCAGACCACGAAAGACCAAGAGCGCAAUGAACUUUUAUGUGACGUUAUGUACGAUGCAAAAGUCUAUACCAAACCAUUCCCAUAAAACCCUCCUCCACCCCAUCAUUAUAUAUACUAGCCAGUCAAUGAGGUCAAUUAAUUCGUCGUAUCCAUCUUCUCCCCCUCUCCAUCCUUCUUCUCAUCCUUACUAGCCGCAGUCUCCAACGACUCCGCCGCCUUCUCCGAACUCAACAACCACUCCACAACCUGUCUCCCCCUCGUCAUCUCCCCAGCAUCCUGUUUCUGCUCACCCUCACCACCAAUCUCCACCUCCACCUCCUCAUCCCCAUUAUCAUCCGCUCCUUCCUCCUGAGUCUUCCAAUCCGCCCGCUCCGCCAAAAACACCGCAUCCAGCCCCGCAUCAUUCUUCACCCCGACAUCCGCGCCGGCCUCAACAAGCGCCUUCACGCACUCGAGGUGCGUGUUCAGCGCCGCCCAGUGCAAGGGCGUGUUUCCGGAGUAGUUUCUGUGGUUGAGAAUCUUGUUGAUCUCAUCGCGGCUGGGGAGGGUCGUGAGGGUGGUGAGGAGGUAGGUGAGGAUUUCUAUAUAUAUACAUAAAACCAAUCAUAUCAGUUGUAUUGUCAUUAGGCUUCUGGAGCAGGAGUGGAUAUAUUUCGUACCCAGGUUGCCAUUCGCAGCAGGA